UACCGUAUACUGCAGAUAAUUAAUAACUUAAACAGCUGUGGUAUAUGAUUGACCCUCGACUUAAAGAAGCAUGCUAUCGUCUCUUUCAUGUCAAUGAGGUCUAUCAGACCAAAUGAAAUGAUGUCAUGUUUUAUUUGUUUUUUCUUUUGUUGUGGAAUGCGGCCUUUGUUUUCUUUUGUGUCUGCCUGCUAUAACUGAACCUGACAGAAUACAAUGAGCACAGACAACGACUUUUUGACAUACAGUAUUGGAUACAAUCCAAAUACUCUGCAAUGAGACAGUUCAAUAAUGACAUAAUACUGUCGAUAACGCUCCAAAAACCAUUUUAUUCUGGCCUGGCGCAGUGUGAUGUGAACUCUCUUUGUAAUAAUGUCACGUUCACUUUUUAUGUUGUACCCAUUUCUCUCACCCCUUUUCAGGGUCCGCCCGGACGAUCAGGCUUUCCGGGUGACAAAGGAACAAUGGGAAUUCCUGGAAGAAUGGGGAUAAAAGGAUACGCAGGGGAGAAGGGAGCGCCAGGGGAGCCAGGCCUGUCUAUCAUUGGGCCACGAGGACCUCCUGGACAGCCAGGAACAAGAGGCUUCCCAGGCUUUCCGGGUCCGAUUGGGUUGGACGGAAAGCCCGGACAGAACGGCUUGAAAGGAGACUUGGGUCAACGUGGUCUUAAAGGAGUGGCAGGUGAACCUGGUCUGAAAGGGGAAAAGGGCAUAUGUGGAGACUACACUCACAGGCAGAUCUUGCCCAUCCCCAUGCGAAACAUGCCCCCAAUAAACCCUGUAAUCCUAAAGCGCCUCAAGCAGGGCGAGCCUGGAGCUCAGGGCCCACCAGGACCUCCUGGCCCCCCAGGGCCCUCAGGGACCUCUGGACUGAAUGGUGCUAGUGGACCGCCGGGUAAACCUGGUGAACCAGGAAAACCUGGGAAAGAUCUACGGCUCCUACCAGGGAUGAAGGGUGAGCCAGGCAUGGCAGGAAUAAAGGGCGAUGUUGGCCCCGCUGGUCCUGAAGGCCCCAAGGGACUGAAGGGAGAGCUUGGACUGAAGGGGGACUUUGGUAUGCCAGGAAUGCCAGGGAAACAAGGAUUGAAGGGAGAGCCAGGUUUUCCAGGCACUCCUGGAAGAAAGGGUCAAGCUGGUAUCCCUGGUACACCUGGUUUUCCUGGAAAGAGGGGCUACAGGGGUGACAAGGGCGAACCCAGCGCAGCAGGAACUGGCAUCAAAGGAGAACCAGGGACACCAGGACUCCCAGGCCUAUCAGGAUCCAAGGGUGACAAAGGCGACCAAGGUCUCAAGGGGGAAGCAGGAUCUGAUGGUCCAGCUGGACCAAGAGGUCCUCCGGGUGCGGCAGGAGAGCCAGGGAAAUCAGAAAUCAUCAACAAUGAAAAUGAUAUUCGGAAUGUACCUUUGAUGGGCCCACCUGGCCCUCCAGGGGUCCCCGGAACACCAGGAACAAAGGGUGAAGUUGGCCUUCCAGGCCCAUCAGGUCUUGACGGAGAGAAGGGUCCUCGGGGGAAGCCUGGAGAGCCAGGUCCUGUUGGCCCAGCGGGCCCUGAAGGUCCCAGAGGGGAGAGGGGCCUGAUGGGUUUCUCAGGACCCAAAGGAGACAAGGGGGACAUGGGUCCCUUUGGAUCACCUGGUUUAGACGGCCCUACUGGUGAAAAGGGGGUUUCUGGACCCCCUGGCCCCAUUGGAUUACCAGGCACAAUGGGUCAGAAGGGCGAGUCCGGAGAUAAGGGAGGAAGGUCAGACAUGGUCUAUGGACCCCCAGGGCCUCCAGGUCCCCAAGGACCAGUUGGCCCCGCGGGACCUGAAGGACUGGGAGGACCAAAGGGGGAGCAAGGCAUAGGCAUACGGGGAGAGAAGGGAGCAUCUGGUUCGAAGGGCGAUAAAGGGGACAGGGGCCAUCUUGGACUUCCUGGAGCUCAUGGUUUAGACGGCAGGCCUGGUCGAGUGGGUUUAAUAGGACCAGUUGGUGUGGCAGGGCCUGCAGGACCAAAGGGGGAGAGAGGUUUCGUGGGAGAUUCAGGAGUCCCAGGACCAAUUGGUCCUCAAGGCAUCCCUGGUUUUGUAGGACCACAAGGAUUCAAAGGGAACCGGGGAGAGAGGGGCAAGAAAGGCAACAGGGGAACUAAAGGGGAUAAGGGAGACCAAGGAGCACCCGGAUUAGAUGCCCCCUGUCCGUUGGGGGAUGACGGCCUACCAGUAUCAGGGUGUUGGAAUAAAUAACUUCGAGGUGGCACGUGGGAUUGUACAUAGAAUAUUUAUUUUUGUACUUUGUAUGUGCUUUCUUAUACUGAUGGAAGAAAAAGAAAAUCAUAACAAAAUGCCAGGAGUUUUGUACAGAUUGUUUAUUUUUAUUACUUGUAAUAAUGUUUAUGUAUUGGAUUUUAUUUUAUAGCUAUGCAUUAUGUCAACAUGUUUGAAUAAGGAAGAAUUGCAAUGUGGCUACAUACAGCAUGAUAUUUGUGCAUAAUGUGAAUGGAUAUUGCCUAUUAACUUAUUGUAUCAUGUGAUUUUGUUUUGUUGUGACCACGCUGCACUGAAUUGUGGGGCUGGAAAGAUGAAGUGUUGGCUUAUUGAAACAUCUUAGUUGAACCCUCUUUGUAGAGAUCAUAACUAUGAAAAUGAAAGGCACCGCAAAUAAUUCCUGUCUAAAUAUGUACACAACUCAAGUCACGGUGACAGACAGCACUGUAUUUAGUCUGCACUGUACAGUAUAGCCAUUUAAAUCACUAGCACACAGAUGGAUCUCAUCCGAUUUGAACCAUUUAGGAUUUCUGAUAUCAUAAACGCAUAAAGUAUCCUGAAUACCCAGCAUGCCACACAAGCACAUUUUGUCGCUUUCUCUGAAAGGGGAUCUCAUGAAGGUGGUUUCAACUAAGAUUGCCAGACCAUUUCAAGCUUUAAUUGUUUCCACUAUGGCAAAACUGACAUUUUUAAAUAGAAAACAAAUACUUAGCAUUUGCUGCUUUUUCACUGGCUAAGUAGUUAUACAGCCAGAGUGACCAACCAUUCUAAGCUAUAGCUUCACAUAUAACCUGACCUCAAUUUGUCCAAGUUAUCUGUAAAUAUUUUUUGGGGACCAAAUCUAAGGGGCCACCCCCUGCUUUUUCACUAUCAGGCUCUCUUUAACCAUAGGUGUUUGCCUUUUUGUUAGAACGUUAUCAAAUUUAGACCAACCCAUGUUACAGGCUUUCUCUUGGAUGACGGAAAUAUUGCUGCUCACCUUUAAGGCAUGCUGCUGCAACCAGCCACAUAGCCUCUACGGCCAGUGUACCUCAUCCAUUUAUUUCUAUGAAUAAAGCCAUUAAUGGACAAUAAAUAGAUAUUUUUUGUUAAGAAGAAACAGACAUGUUAUUUACAGCGGUUUCAUAGGAUGUAGUAGUCUAUGUCGCCCUCGCUAACUGUGUUUAUGAAUCAGUAUUGAAAAAAUGGAUGAAGGGGACUGGAGUAGAGUUGCUGCUCAUUGUAAAAAAAAAGCUCUGUGUUCUGCUCUGCCUGGAAAUGUAUAGCUAGAUUAAGAGAUUGUCAGAUUACCACCCUCAAUAAAGUCUUCAUCAGGUUCUUAUACCUCA